GGCCGUGGGUCGGAGCCGCCGUAACCCCGGUCUGGCACGUUCCUUGCUAUCUGAACGUUGUAAAAUUGGGCCCAUUCUCCCCCCCCCCCCAAACUCAAGUCACUUCUUCACUUUAGCACAGCUACCAAGACGUUUUUGCUUCAAUCACAACUCCAAAUACCCACCAGAUACCUCAGAAAAUGGCGGUGGUAAGCGGGAUGUCGGGGUCGGCAGUAGCCCGGCUGGAGGGCCGAGAAUUCGAGUAUUUGAUGAAGAAAAGGUCGGUGACCAUUGGCCGGAACUCAUCGCAGGGCUCCGUGGACGUCAGCAUGGGACACUCCAGCUUCAUUUCUAGGCGGCACCUUGAGAUUUUCACGGCGAGCGAAGAUGGUACGGGCAUGGGGGAAUUCUACCUCCGAUGCCUUGGAAAAAAUGGGGUGUUUGUGGAUGGGGUGUUCCAGAGAAGAGGGGCUCCACCUCUGCAGCUUCCACGAAUAUGUUGCUUCCGAUUCCCCAGCACAAGCAUAAAAAUCACAUUCACUGCACUUUUAAGUGACAAAAAGGAGCAGAGGAACGUGGCCGAAUCACCGGUCAAGUCCGUACAACCUCAAAUUUCCCCACUUACCAUCAACAUUCCGGACAAUAUUGCCCACCUUAUGAGCCCAUUGCCUUCACCUACGGGCACAUUAAGUGCUGCAAACUCCUGCCCAUCAAGUCCAAGGGGGGCGGGACUGUCCAGCUAUAGGAGCGGCCGGGUUCUGCCCUCCGACCUUAUAGCGGAUAACUCCCAGUCAGAAAAUGACAAGGAGGCGUCGGGUGAAGACAGCCCAAAGGGGGACUCCAAACCACCGUAUUCAUACGCACAACUGAUAGUCCAAGCCAUCACCAUGGCCCCAGAUAAACAACUGACACUGAAUGGAAUAUACACCCACAUCACAAAGAAUUAUCCCUACUACAGAACAGCUGAUAAAGGCUGGCAGAAUUCUAUUCGCCACAACCUAUCCCUGAACCGGUACUUCAUCAAAGUAGCACGCUCUCAGGAGGAACCUGGGAAAGGUUCGUUCUGGAGGAUCGACCCUGCUUCUGAAGGCAAACUCAUAGAACAAGCCUUCAGGAAACGUAGGCCCAGGGGAGUGCCUUGCUUCAGGACCCCUGUAGGAACCCUCUCUUCGAGGAGCGCUCCUGCUUCUCCCAAUCACACAGGGGCACUGUCAGCUCACUCCAGUGGCGUGCAGACCCCAGAUAGCCUUUCCAGAGAGGGGUCCCCAGUGCCCAUGGAAUCUGAGCCAACCCCGGCACCAGCCCCUACCCCAACUGCCACCAUCCAGCCCAAACUUGCUGUCAUCCAAGAGGCUCGCUUUGCACAGAACUCCACUGGUUCUUCACUUACAAGCCAGCCUGUAUUGAUUGCCGUGCAACGGCAGAUGCCUCAGACGACCAUGAAGCCUGUGACCUACGCCGUGGCGACACCGGCCAUUGUGACGACGACCGUUAGCCCGGCGCCCGUCAUGCAGACGGUGCACGUUGUCCACCAGAUCCCGACCGUCACCAUGACAACUGUCGGCCCACAGCCCGCUGCUACCUUGAAGCCAGACUCUCAGCAGAAUGGAGGGGGAGAGCACCAAGAUAUUAAAGUGAAAGUGGAGCCGCUCCCAUCAAUCACGACCUCGUCCAUAGGCGGAGUCGGUCGCAUCAUCCAGAGCUCUCAGGCUGCUCCGCUGACUACAGUAACCAUAAUGCAACAGGCUCCGCUCGGCCAGCACCAGCUUCCCAUAAAGGCCAUCACACAGAAUGGCACUCACCUGGUCCCCAUCAGUUCUGCUGGCACAGCAGCUGUUGCAAACCCUCUCCACCUUCUGGCCACGCACGCUUCGGCGUCUGCGUCCCUGCCCACCAAGAGGCAGAAUGGUGAGGUUCAGGAGGCGCCCGUGUCCAAGAGGGCAAAGAUGCAGGAUGGCAACGAGGGAGAGGCGGUGGCUGCGAAUGGCAAUAACAACAAUGGCUCCACUGAUGGUGCCGGAGAAGCUGAGCCUCACCCCGUUUGGAUUCUCAGCACUCGGUGUGUGGCGCAAUCCUACAUGCAACCAAGCGAAAAUCACCCACCAAGGGAAGCGCAUGUGCGUGUGGACAUUCCCAUCUUCGGCAGCUAGCCUCCCUGACCCAGUUGUGAGUAGAUCUAUAUGCAGUAUUCCAUUGUGCAAAUGUGUCCUUGGAUCUCUUCAUUUCUCCAAGGACGAGUGAUGAAUUCAGAUAGAAAAACCAUAAGUGGGGUCUUGAUGAACAUUUAAAAUAUCACCUGAUAUUUUGCUUUAUUUUUGUUUUGUAUGUGAACUUUGUUCAGUGAAAUGAAUGUAGUCUUUUUUUCUUUUCUUUUUUUCCUAAAGAAGACACUAUCUAAUAGAAUGGAUUCUCUAUUGCUCAUUCAUGCAAAUGAUAUUUUGUUUUUCCACCACUGUACAUGGACAGACCUUUUUCACAUUUUACAAAUGUCCAAUAAGAUGAUUAAAAAAAAAAAAGUAUAUUCCCAUGCGUAUUUGACCAUAUGCUUCAUUGAGCUUGCAUGUUAACACAUCUAGAGAUAUAACGUACUGGUUAUCUGAAUAUGGAACUGAAGAACGUUUAGACUGAAUCUAUGCUUUGAGUCUGCCCAGCGUUGCACUUCCUCCUCUUUUAGUUGUGUAUUUUUUUUUUUUAAAUCAUUUUAGCUCAGUUUUUCCUCAUUUUUUUUUUUUUUACCUUUUUGUGUUGCGGUUGGGGCAGUCUCUACUCAAUGCUGUUCUUCUGUUAUCUAAACAUGUCGAAUCAUAUUGUAUUCUGUUACACAAGGAAAGACAAGUGAUAGGUGUUUGUUCUGCUUCAGUGGGUAAAUGUUUUUUUAAAAUAUAAAUAUAUAUAUAUAUAUAUAUUAUAUAUAUGAAUUUAUUUAAAACACUGCCUCUUAGUUUGUAUUUCUUGAGUAAAAAAAAUAUCUGCUUGGCUAAUCUGCAUUAAUGAAAUCUGACAAUUUUUUGGGGGUCUAUGAAAUGAAAUUUCAACUGAAAGUCAACGUAUAAAUAAAUACAUGCGUGUUUUUGACUACAAAAAUAAGCAUGGUAGGUGCGGUUCAGUCUUGCAUUCAAUGGCAGUUAAUUGGGCUUCAUCGACCCUCGGGCUCCCCCUACUGUUGUGAAAUGUAAUUGAUUUUUGAGCCACUGCAAAUGGAUCCACUUUUGAGCACACAAUCCGGUUGUCAUAGUCAAUGUGAAUUUUUUUUAUUGAAACUUACCAGCAACCCACAUUUCAGGGGACGGGUACAGUGCCUCAGUCAUCUGUAAAUUGAAUAAAUUCAGAACCACCAGAACUCUUCCUCGACCCCUAGAGCUUGCUUAUUCAAAUGUUUUAAUACAUUUGCAACAUUGAGAAAAAAAAUAAAUUUAAUGUUAUCAUGGGAUGUAUGUGGAAUUUUGAGAAAAAUUAUUUAUAUGACUAACAAUGUGGUAACAAGUAAAGCGUUGUGAAUUUUUCCCCAGGUUAUUAAAGGGCAUUUUUCAAUU